CUUUUUGUCCUCUUUAUUAAAACCCCAAGCAAACCCCACAUUCCACCUCCCCUCUCUUCUAUUCUAUUCAUCCCUUUGUCUCUCCCACUUUCUUCUUCCUUUGGAUCUUCUUCUUCCAUUAGGGUUUGAUUUGUAUAAUAAAUAAUUUGAAGGAAGAAGGAGGUCCAAAAUAAUAUAUGCAUGGCACCUGUUUCAUUGCCUCCAGGUUUCAGGUUUCACCCUACCGAUGAAGAACUUGUUGCUUAUUAUCUAAAAAGGAAGAUCAAUGGUCGAAAUAUUGAGUUGGAGAUCAUAGCUGAAGUUGAUCUUUAUAAGUGUGAACCUUGGGACUUGCCAGGAAAAUCAUUAUUACCAGGGAAUGAUAUGGAGUGGUAUUUCUUUAGCCCUCGAGAUAGGAAGUACCCGAAUGGAUCAAGAACGAAUCGUGCAACAAAAUCUGGAUAUUGGAAAGCAACAGGGAAGGAUAGAAAAGUAAAUUCAGAAGCUCAAGCAGUUGGGAUGAAGAAAACCCUAGUUUACUAUCGAGGAAGAGCACCUCAUGGUUGUCGCACUAAUUGGGUUAUGCAUGAAUAUCGUCUUCAUGAUAGGGAAUGUGAAACUACAUCAGCAUUGCAGGAUGCAUAUGCUCUUUGUCGUGUGAUCAAGAAGAAUACAGUCAUUGUGCCUAAAGUUGGGGGACAAUAUGGUAAUCUUACAACCCAUGAUAACCAAAUUACAACCGUUUCUCAAGGAAGAGGUGAAGAUUUAGAUAGUUCAAAUUAUUUGAUGCAAAUCAACACUUGUUCACCUCACAAUAUUGGAAAUCAGAUUUCACUCAAUAGGGAUCAUGGAAAUUGCUCACACUUCUCAUAUGAUGAUCCAUCAUUCACUCUUCCAACUUCUUCAUCAUUUACUAAUCAUGGACCUAUAGCAUACCCUCCAUCCAAGGUGGAUAUUGCACUAGAGUGUGCAAGGAUGCAACAUAGGUUUACUAUGCCUCCAUUGGUGGUGGAGGACUUUCCUCAAGGAAGCAAAACUAAAACUGAUAUCUUGCAAGAAAUUCUUUCACAUACUCAUGCUUCUCAAGAAUUGAUGAAUCAAUCAAAUUAUUCACAAGCGUAUGAUGACAAUGAAAAUUAUGCUCCUUGUGAAGAUGAUUUUACUUUCAUGGUUGGCACAAACUAUAACCACAUAAAUGAUUUGAACUCCAUGAGUUAUGUUGACAAACCUUGGGAAGAUUUGAGCACAAGAUCUAUAGAGAUAGGUGAUCAAGAUGAAGAGUUUAAGGAAAAGAGGAUGGUAGAGAAUUUGAGAUGGAUUGGAAUGCCAAGAGAAGAUUUUGAAAAGAUGGCAGAACAAAAGGUUGUCCAAAUUGAGGAUAUUUCAUGCUUCCAAACAAUAAGGGAGCAAAAUGGCAUGCAAGAAUAUGACCAACACAAUAGCAACCUUGAUGUCAACGAAUUCUCAAUAGGAUUCAUCAAUGAUGGUGACCCCAAUGAAAAUUUUAUAGAAGAUGGUAACAUGGAUGAUUACUCAAGUUCUCCAAGCUUUUAUGAGGUCAUUGAGGAAAUAAAGGUGAGUCAUGGAUUGCUUGUUUCAACUCAACAAGUAGCCAUGACAUUCUUUCACCAAGUUGUUCCUUCACAAAUAGUUCAAGUUCAACUCAAUCCAAAAAUGAUAGAAAAAAAUAACCACUCUAUAAAGAAUGUAGAGGCAAUGAUGAUGAUAAUGGAGAAUCAAGGAUCUCUUUUUAGGAAGUUCAAGGCCUAUGUGAUGGGGAAUUUAAUAAAUCCAUCUAAGAAAAUAGCAAGUUUGGUUGUAUUUUUAUUUUCACUUCUUUUGAUGCAUUGUGUUUAUAUGGAGAAAGAAGUGGAAAUUUGGAAACAAAACCUAGAAAAUGUGAAAGAGAAAAGAAUGAGAGAAUCAUAUGAGAUUAUCAAAUGGAAUGAGUCAAAAGAGGUUUGGUUUGUUGGUGUUAAAAGUGAGAAAGGAUUAAGUGUGGUCUUGAAGAAAAUAGGCAUUUUCCUCACCAUGUGUUUGGCUCUUUGUUUCAUGUGGGCAAGCCAUAGUAAUUAACCCUUGAUCUUCUAAUUCAUUUAUUUUUGUCUCUAACAUAAGGAGUAGGUUUGACAAGAAUUUAAUUGGGUUUCUUCUAAUUGAGUAGGGAGGUGAUGUAUGAUGUAUCCAUAGUAUACUUAUAGUUAUAUGUUUUACUUUGAAUACUUGUUAUUUGAUUAACACUUAAUUAUGUUGAAUCUUAUUAAUUAUCAAAAUGUUUACCUUUAA